AUGUCCGAGUCUUCGACCUCGGCCUCCAAGGCCCAGGCCGCGGCCUUCCCGGACGGCACCACCGACUACAAGCCGCUCCGGAGCAAUGGCAAGUGGGAUGCCACCAAGGUGCACAUCGCCGACACGCCCAUGACGUGGUCCAACAUCCAUAAGCACAUCAACUGGCUCAACACCACCUUCAUCAUCUUCAUCCCCAUGAUUGGCUUCAUCUCCGCCUACUGGGUGCCCCUUCAGUUCUAUACCGCCAUCUUCGCCGUCAUCUACUACUUCAACACCGGUCUCGGCAUCACUGCUGGAUACCACCGUCUUUGGGCCCACACCUCAUACAAGGCCACCCUUCCCCUCAAGAUCUAUCUUGCCGCUGUCGGUGCUGGCGCCGUCGAGGGCUCCAUCCGCUGGUGGUCUACCGGACACCGCGCCCACCACCGCUACACCGACACCGAAAAGGACCCCUACUCGGUCCGCAAGGGCCUCCUCUACUCCCACCUGGGAUGGAUGGUCUUCAAGCAGAACCCCAAGCGCAAGGGCCGCACCGACAUCACCGACCUCAACGAGGACCCCGUCGUCGUCUGGCAGCACCGCAACUACCUCAAGUCUGUCAUCUCCAUGGCCCUCGUCUUCCCGACGCUCGUCUGCGGUCUCGGCUGGGGCGACUGGUGGGGCGGCUUCAUCUAUGGCGGCAUCCUUCGCAUCUGCUUCGUCCAGCAGGCCACCUUCUGCGUCAACUCGCUCGCCCACUGGCUCGGCGACCAGCCCUUUGACGACCGCAACUCGCCCCGCGACCACGUCAUCACCGCCCUCGUCACCCUCGGCGAGGGAUACCACAACUUCCACCACGAGUUCCCGUCAGAUUUCCGCAACGCUAUUGAGUGGUGGCAGUACGACCCGACCAAGUGGAUGAUUUGCGUCUGGAAGUACCUCGGCCUCGCCUACGACCUCAAGCAGUUCCGCGCCAACGAGAUCGAAAAGGGCCGCGUCCAGCAGCUGCAGAAGAAGCUCGACCAGAAGCGCGCCACCCUCGACUGGGGCACGCCCCUCGAGCAGCUCCCCGUCAUCAGCUGGGACGACUUUGUCGACGACGCCAAGAACAAGGGCAAGGCCCUCAUCGCCGUCGCCGGUGUCAUCCACGACGUCGGCGACUUCAUCAAGGACCACCCCGGCGGCAAGGCCCUCAUCUCGUCGGCCAUUGGCAAGGACGCCACGGCCAUCUUCAACGGCGGCGUCUACCUCCACUCCAACGCCGCCCACAACCUGCUCUCCACGAUGCGCGUCGGCGUCCUGCGCGGCGGCUGCGAGGUGGAGAUCUGGAAGCGCGCUCAGUUCGAGAACAAGGACAUCACCUACAUGAACGACUCGGCCGGCCAGCGCAUCGUCCGCGCCGGCUCCCAGGUCACCAAGGUUGUCGACCCCGCGGCGAGCGCCGACGCCGCCUAA